UUCGAAAUUCUCGACGUCGUGGAAAACUUUUCAACACACGGCCUGGUGUGGUGUCCCAAAAAGCUUUUCCGAAAUUUGAUCAAAUCCUAAGGAAAUUGUUCAGUUGCGAGCGGACCUCUGCACGGAGUAGAACAAAAUAAAAUUUUUUAGUUUUUAUUUCAUUCCCUCCCUCUAACUGAGUUGCGUUGCGUCUUUUUUGCGUUCAAAACUUUUCGCCGAUGAAUUUCAUUUCUGGUUAAAGUGAAAUUAAGUUCUACACAAUUCUAUGAUUUAAUUUGAAAACGAAGAGAAGAGAAGAUAAAGGAGAAGUAGAAGAAGAAGAAGAAGAUUAAAUAAAAAUAAAAUAGAUAUCGAAAUUACGUUCGCUCGUUCGUGCGUAAGGAAUAUAAAAUGCAUUUUCCGCGUUUAAAAUCUUUACUGACUUUGGUCAUUUGUUCGCUGUUUGUGCUGAGUUUCCCCGAAAAUGUAAACUGUGCUAACAACAAAAAAGCAUCACCGAGCGUAAAUUCAGCUCCGGCCGCACCUGUUGAACCCGAGGCCGUCAUCGAAGAAGUCACUGCCAAGCAAUUGGAGAAGCUAUUGAAUGACAAGGAUUAUGUAGCGGUCUUCUGGUAUGCACGAAGCUGUGUUACUUGUGACAAAGUGUUAGCCGAACUCGAAAAAAUCGACGAUGACACUGAUUCAUUCGGUGUGGAUUUCGUUAAAAUCAACGACAAACGUUUAGCCAAACAAUACGGCAUCAAGAAUUUCCCAGCACUGACAUAUUUCAGGGAAAAAGAACCAAUUAUCUACGAUGGCGAUUUGAUGGAUGAAGAGGGUGUACUCGAUUUCCUCACCUCCUUGGAGGCCAUGGAUCUGCCCGACCGCAUUGAAGAAGUCAAUGCCAAGAUUUUGCUGAAAAUCAUCGAAGACACCGACUUUGUAGCUGUGCUAUUCUGUCCUGAUCACUCUACUUGUCCGCCCAGGGUUAUGGAUAAACCUCAAUGCCGAAAAUGUGCCAAAGCCCUGCAGGAACUGGAGAACAUCGACGAUGAAGCCGAUCAGCUGGGCAUUGGUUUUGUGAAGAUCCACGACGAAGCCCUGGCUGAGGAAUAUAAUUUGGGAAAUUUGCCGGCCUUGGUGUACUACCGACAUCAGACUCCCAUAAUCUAUGAAGGUGAACUACAGCGCGAAGAAGAUGUCCUGGAAUGGCUGGUCCAGAAUAAAUCCACUGGCGACGAGGAUGAUGUUAUUGAAGAUGUCACGCCCAAGACUCUGGCCACCCUGAUCAGCAACAUAGAUAAUCUGGUAGUUUUGUUCUAUGAUCAUGGAAAUGAUGAUUCGAUGACCGUUUUGGAGGAGCUAGAACAAAUUGACGACGACUGCGACAAGCAUGGCAUCCAAUUUGUGAAGAUUGAUGAUGCCAAGACCGCAGACGAAUAUGGAAUUGAAUCGAUUCCAGCUAUAGUUUAUUUCGAAAAGCAAAUACCCAACAUUUACGAUGGCGAUCUCAUGGACGAAGAGGAGAUCCUGCACUGGCUGGUCUCCCAAUUGGAACACGACGAAAUCGAAGAUGUCACCGAUGAAAUGUUGGAUAAAAUGGUCAAGGAAGGCCGCGUCCUGGCGGUACUAUUCUAUGACAACAACGACGAAAAAUCUGAAAAGGUUUUGGAAGAAUUGGAAAAUAUCGACGACGAAUGCGACGCCCUGGGCAUUACAUUCGUGAAAAUGGAUAAUAUCGAGGAGGCCGUCGAGUACGGCAUUGAUUCAGUUCCUAAAUUGAUUUACUUUGAAAAAGGCAUUCCAACCAUCUACGAAGGCAAUCUCCAGGACGAGGAGAAACUCUUGAAAUGGCUCGAGGAACAAACCAGUUCCGAUCAAAUUGAGGACAUUACCGAUGAAAUGCUGGAUUUGAUCAUCGAGAAAAUGCCACUCGUUGCAGUGCUGUUCUACGACAAGGAUCAAAAGAAAUCCCAAAAGGUCUUGGCCGAAUUGGAGAACAUCGAUGAUGAGUGCGAUCAGAAUGACAUUGCCUUUGUCAAGAUCGACGAUGACACCGAGGCCAAGGAAUGGGGUAUCGAUGAGAUUCCCUGCAUUGUCUUGUUCGAGCGCGGUAUUCCCCAUGUCUAUGAGGGCGAUUUGAUGAAGGAAGAUGAGUUGCUCGGCUGGUUGGUACACCAGAAACGUUACUCCGAAAUCCCUGAAGUCACCGAUGAAAUGAAAGACAAAUUGGUAGAGAGCACCGAUCAUUUGGCCGUUAUCUUCUAUGACAAGGAUGAUAAACAGGAUAUCCGCAUUUUGAAUGAAUUGGAAAACAUCGACGAUGAGUUGGAAAAGGAGGGCAUUGUCAUUGUGCGCAUCGACAAUGCUGCCGAGGCCAAGGAAUAUGGUUUGGACCACUUGCCCGCCCUGAUCUACUUUGAGAACAAAAUUCCCGCCCUCUAUGAAGGCGAUCUCAUGAAUGAAGAUGAAGUCCUGGAAUGGUUGAUUUUGCAAAAGAAAACUGCCACCAUUGAAGAAGUUACCGAUGAAAUUUUGACCGCAUUGAUUAGUGAUCAUGAAUAUGUUGUCGUCUUCUUUACCGGUCCCUGUGAACCCGGUGAGAAAUGUGACAAGACCCUGAAUGCCUUGGAGUCGAUUGAUGAUGAAUUGGAUGAGACUGGCAUUAUCUUUGUGACCACUGAGGAUACCACCAUUGCCAAGAAACACAACAUCAAGGUCUAUCCCCAAUUGGUAUUCUUCAGGAAUCGUGAUCCUCUGCUCUUCACUGGCGAUCUGGAGGAUGAAGAUGAAGUUUUGGCCUGGAUCACUGAUGAGGAUACUCUUGAAAUUCCCGGUAAAAUUGAAGAGGUGAAUGUCAAGAUGUUGGACAAGAUUUUGGCUGAGAAUGAUCAUGUGGUUGUGUUCUUCUAUGCCGAGGGUGACAAGAAAUCCCAAAAGAUUUUGAAUGAAUUGGAAAACAUUGAUGAUGAAUGCGAAGAAAAGGAUAUCGACUUUGUCAAGACCUCGGAUGAGGAUGUUCAAAAGGAAUACGAUUUGGCCAGUUUGCCAGCUUUGGCUUUCUACAGGCACAAGUUCCGCACCAUUUACACUGGUGACUUAAUGAAGGAGGAUGAAAUCUUGGAAUGGGUCCUUGAACUACAUGAAUCCACUGCCGAUGUUAUUGAAUCAGUUGAUCGCAAAACUUUGCAGGUUCUCAUCAAUGAUGUUGAACAUUUGGCUGUUUUCUUCUAUGAUGACAAAUGCGAAUCUUGCUCCGAUAUUCUGGAGGAAUUGGAAAAUAUCGAUGAUGACACCGACAAGCAUGGCAUCCAAUUUGUCAAGUCCAAUGAUGUUAAGUUGGCCCAUGAAAUCGGCAUCUUUGCCUUCCCUGCCUUGGUCUACUAUGAGACCGGCGUUCCGAUCAUGUAUGAUGGUGAUAUCAGCAAAAGUAGUGCGGUUUUCAAAUGGAUCCUGGAGCAAAAGGCCGACGAGAGUAUUGAGCUAAUCGAUCGUGAGACCCUGUUCGAAUACAUCAACACCAAAGACUUUUUGGCCGUAGUCUUCUACAAAGAAGACGAUCCGGAUUCUCCGCGUGUUUUGCGUCACAUUGAACUGAUCGAUGACGAGGCCACAGAGUAUGGCAUUCAAAUUGUCAAAUGCCACGACAAGCUAAUGGCCAAGAAAUAUGGUUUCCGUAAUCCCCCUGGUAUUACGUACUUCCGCAAGACCAAAUACAUUAACUAUGACGGCGACAUCGAUGAUGAGGAGGAGAUUUUGGAUUGGUUAACUAGCCCUGCCAACAUGGAAAUGACAGAUCACAUUGAACAAGUCAAUCGUAAAAUGUUUGAGAAAAUCCGCAAGGCUUCGGAUUAUUUGGCCGUUAUCUUUUACAGCGAUGAUUGCAAGCAGUGUCCCCGUGUUUUGGCCGAGGUGGAACACAUUGACGAUGAGGCAGAUAAGGCCGGCAUUGAUUUUGUUAAAAUCGAUGACAAACAAAUGGCCAAGGAAUUGGGAGUGUUUGCCCUGCCAGCCAUUGUCUUCUUUAAGCCAUCGUCCAAGGAACCAGUGAUAUACGCCGGAGAUCUUUAUGAAGAAGAACAGAUCCUCUCAUGGUUGCUUACGCAAAAGGACCCGGGUGGAGAUGUUAUCGAAGAUCUUGAAGGCGACAGACUGGUUAACCUGAUCGAGGAGUCCGGUUCGAUUGCCGUGUAUUUCUGGAAUAAAACCCAAUGCGACAUCUGCAACUCGAAGGCGGCACGCAAGGCUCGCCUCAAAAAGGAAAAGGAGCAGCAACAACAGGAUCCAGGUGCGGGAGCAGCAGCCGCAUUUGGUGGCGACGCCACAGAGGGUGGAGAGGCAGGAGAAGGUGCAGCGGAAGGUGCACAGCCGGCGGCAUCCUCCACCCCAAGCAGCUCUAAACAUCAUGAAGACGAUACCGAUGGCUGUGAACAGUGCACUAAAGUUUUGGAGGAGUUGGAGAAUAUCGAUGAUGAUUGUGACAAGCAUGGCAUUACGUUUGUCAAGACCAAGGAUUUCUCGGUGGCCGAUGGUUAUGGCGUGCAUGAUUACCCGGCCCUGGUGUACUUUGAAGGUGGCAUACCAAAUGUUUUUGAAGGCGAACUUGGCGAGGAAGAGGAAGUUUUGCAAUGGCUUAUAACACAAAAGACCGAGGACCGCAUUGAGCUGAUUACCCGUCAAAUGUUGGAGACCAUGGUUGAGGAGACACAAUAUUUGGCUGUGUAUUUCUUACCACCCGAUCGUACUGAUGGAAAACCACCUGCUUACUGCCGAAGUUUUUGUUCCCCCUUGCACCUACGCAAUGCCAGUCAUAGCAACAACAACAACAAGAACAACAACAGCACCUACACCAAUAGCCAAAAAUCCAAAACAUUCCUCAAAAAUUACAUAUCGCGCAAACAAAAACGUAUCAAAAAUCAAGAUAAAAUCAAUUGCAAUAUUUGCGAUCAGAUUUUGGAAGGUUUGGAGCUAAUCGAUGAUGAGUGUGAUGUCUUUGGUAUCCACAUGGUGAAGAUUCAGGAUCCCCAACUGGCCAAGCGUUAUUCAAUUAAAACAUUCCCUGCUUUGGUGUAUUUCAGAAACGGCAAUCCAUUGCUGUUCGAGGGCGAUUUGCAAAACGAACAAUCCGUCUUGGAAUGGUUGAUCGAUGAUGACAAUCGUGAAUUGGCCGAUGAAAUUGAAGAGGUCAACGAGCGCAUGUUGGAACGUCUCAUGGCUGAGUCCACAUUGUUGGUGGUGUUCUUUUAUGAUGAAGACUGUGCCGAAUGCGAAGAAAUCCUGGAAGAAUUGGAAGAAAUUGAUGGUGAAGCCGAUAUGUUUGGCAUUGAUUUUGUUAAGAUUGCCAGUCCAGAAGCUGCAAAAACAUAUGACGUUGUUAAUAUACCUUCAUUGGUAUACUUUAGAAAACAAGUUCCUGUUUUAUACGAUGGCGAUUUGCAUCAACACGACAAAAUCAUUACUUGGCUGACAUCUCAGGAUGUCUUCGAGAUCAAGAAUGAAAUUGAAGAGGUCAAUCGCAAAAUGUUGGACAAAUUAUUGGAGGAGAAUGAAUUCAUUACCGUAUUCUUUUAUGAACACAAUCAGCAAGAGUCAAUUGCCGCUUUGGAGAAACUGGAAAAUAUCGACAGUGAAACGGAUAAUUUGGACAUAACAUUUGUGAAAAUGGCCGAUUCUCGUUAUGCCAAGAAAUGGGGUGUUACCAAACUGCCAGCCAUGGUUUACUUCCGAAGAAGAUUCCCAAGCAUUUAUAGAGGUGACCUUUUAUCCGAGGACGAAGUCUUAGAAUGGCUGCGUAAAAAUCGCUUCCGCCAGCCUGAAUUGAAUAUAUUCAUGUACGCCCUGAUAGCCUUGGCUGUGGCCUUUGUCCUCUACACCGCCUUCUUGCUGCAGUGUUUCAAGCCAGCACCACCACCGCCACCACAACAUCCCAAGCAAUCGUGAUAAGCUAACCACUGCACUGCUGGAGGUGUGGAGAAUUCUUUGCAAUUCUUUGGUUUUGGAUGUGCCGUCGCCCGUGUCGCCGCCACAGCACAGCAAACAGCCACCGAACAUUAUUUUCUAGCCAAAUUAUUUCAUUUCAUCUGUUUUUUUCUUUAUUUUGUAUUUUAAGUUUUUGUAAACAGAAAACUAGAUUUUAUGUGUAAAUCUUCUGUUUGAUUUCGGCAAUGAUGAGACAACACACAUACAGACAGACAUACAUACAUGCAUAUUUAGAGUUAUGUAACAUAACAUAUGUAUUAUUGUAAUUUUAAUUUGAAAAUUAAUUUUGUAAAACUUAAUUUUACGACCAAAGGAGGGAAAAACCAAACAAAACAAAACAACCCAACCCAACAACAAGCAUCGAAAGAGGACUCUUUAAGACUAGAACCUCUGCGAAGUAGAGAAAUCAAAACAGCAACAACUACAACAAAAAAACCAAACGAAAAAUAACGAACGAAAUUAUUAUUAGCGAGUCAAACUCUAAUCUCCACCGCCCGCAUACUACGUAAUGCCAACAUUUUCUUAUGCCAAACUAUUAGAUCUGAACAUCGCCCCCAAAAUCUUACGAAACUCCAUAACAGCUUUUCUCAAGCGCAGACCCAGUCUUAAAGAGUCUUUGGGGCUGUGCUUUCAUUUCGAGAUUUAAUUGAUGUCUUCCAAGACAUUCAUCUAUCCAACCACCAACCAUUCUUCGUUCCAUCUGCCAAUCUAUCCUUUUAGAACCAAAAUGUUUUCGAACUCAAACUAGGCGAAAAGUUACUACCACAAAAACAAACAAACAAAUAAGUAAACAAAUCAACUACACACAUACAACCGAACAGUCAAACAAACAAACAGACAACUCAGAAAGGAAACAAACAACCAAACAACUCUAAUCUAGAACAAGAACAAAUUGUAAACGUAAAAGAACGAUUUAGAUAUUUCGAUAUUUAAUAAAAUAAAUAAGACAACAAAUACAACAA